AUGGAAGAAGAUACCAAGGCGAUAAUUCGAAAGCAGAACGCCGCCAAGCCUGCUGCAGCCAAGAGUGCGGGUGCUCGGACCGAGCCACACCAGCACGCACCAGGUGAUAAUGGCAGCAAAAAAGGGGGUCUCCUCUACGUCGUGGACGAGAACAACGCCCCUGUUUCAACCAUGGUCAUGCACGAUAAAAAAUGGAAUGUCUAUCAGCGAGAGACCGACUCUCCCGAUGCGUCUCCCAGUACCCCGAGUGCCGGUACCGUGGCUAAAGUCGACUCGGCGACGGGACCAACUAGAACGCCCAUCGAUCUCACGAAGCAUUGCAAGUAUCACGACGUCAAGGGACACGACACGACCGAGUGCAAAUCUCUCUACGCCCAGCAGUCGAAAGAUACGGAGAAAGCUGCCCGAGAAACCGACGAUGACGACGACUCGGCAGAUGACGAUCAGCCGACCAAUCGCCAGCGCAUCGAAGUUAUCCGCGCCCAACCGCAAGGAGAGAACGAAUCCGGAUCCUCGUCCGACGAGGACGACAACACGAAAACCCUAGACAACACUGCGGAUCUUUGGUCCCUCCUCGAGCGAAAGUUCCGACCCACUACCGUAGAAACACCGGCCUCCACCGAUCUCCGCCUACAGAUCAACUCAAAUCGAGCCGCGAGAACUUCAGCACAAGAGUCCUCUCACCAGCAGCCCGCUGAAAAGCCGAACUGCGAUUUGCGAGACAAACUCAACGCGAAGAUCGGUGAUCUGCGGACAACCCUCAACCGCAAGAAAAGGGAUACUGCCGAAACGAGUAACGACCUUCGCGACACCCUCCGUGCAAGGCGCGCACAGGCUCGUCCCCGAAUAAAUGUUAUCAUGGGUGGAUCACCCCCUUGCGGUGAUUCGGUUAGAGCAGUCAAGGACCAUAGAAGGCAAGCCACCACUUCCCAACGAUGGCCCCAGAAGCAAGUAGACGAUCAGCCGAUUAUCUUUUCGUCUGACGAUACAUUCGGCGUGCACCUUCCUCAUAACGAUCCUUUACUCGUCGUGCUCGGUGUCGACAAGUACGACGUCACUAAAGUUCUUAUCGAUACCGGGAGCUCUGUCGAUAUCAUCUUUCGCGAAACUCUCGUGAAAAUGGGAAUCGAUCUCAACGACGUCAAGCCUUCUACUCGGACCCUGACAGGAUUCAACGGCUCGUCAGAGGUAAUCGCAGGCACGAUCCGCCUCUCGGUUCAUGCAUGCGGAGUCACGCGAACGGUCAAGUUCUCUGUGGUUGGCUCCAAAGCUCCUUACCACGUUAUACUUGGCACCCCAUGGCUACAUUCGAUGCGAGCAAUCACAUCAACGUACCAUCAGUGUGUUAAGUUCCCAGGAUCAGACGGAUCGAUCAAGACUCUGAAAGGCGACCAGCAGGCUGCGCGAGAUCUCCUAAUCGCCACGGUUAAAAUUCAGCGCUCCCAGUCACUCGUCAACUCAGUCUCUCCUCCCGCGAGCAAAGUUUGUCCACAAAAGGAGGAAGUUCUGGAAGUACCAGUUGACGACUCGGACCCGAGCAAAUCUGUCCGAGUAGGCGCAUUUCUACCCGACGAGAUGCAACAGAAGAUCCUCGAGUUCCUUAAGCAGAACCUGUCCUCAUUCGCCUGGACGAUGUCCGAUAUGAAAGGAAUCGAUCCAGCUAUCACGACUCACGAACUCAAUGUCGACCCCAACUUCAAGCCCAUCCGACAGAAGAGAAGAAAGUUGGGACCGGAGCGGUCUAAAGCAGUCGCAGAAGAAGUUGAGCGUCUACUCGGCGCCGGCUCGAUCACCGAAGUUCGUUACCCGGAAUGCUAUCCGUUACCUAGCAUCGAUCGCCUAGUCGAAUCGACGGCCGGUAACGAGAUGUUGACGUUUAUGGAUGCCUUCUCGGGCUACAACCAGAUCCUAAUGCAUCCGGACGACCGGGAGAAAACUGCUUUCAUCACUGAUCGGGGAACCUACUGUUAUAAGGUGAUGCCAUUCGGGUUGAAAAACGCUGGAGCAACCUACCAGCGGCUUGUCAACCGGAUGUUCGCCGACCAGCUUGGGAAGACAAUGGAAGUCUAUAUCGACGACAUGCUCGUCAAAUCCCUCCGAGCCGACAACCACUUAGCACACUUAAAGGAAUGCUUCGCAAUCCUAAACAAGUACGGGAUGAAGUUGAAUCCCGCAAAGUGCACCUUUGGCGUCUCCUCGGGUGAAUUCCUUGGUUACAUUGUCACGCAACGAGGAAUAGAAGCUAACCCGAAACAGAUCUCAGCAGUCCUAAAUCUCCCCAGUCCGAGAAACUGCCGUGAGGUGCAGAGACUAACAGGACGCAUCGCCGCACUUAAUCGCUUUAUCUCCCGAUCUACUGACAAGUGUCUCCCCUUCUAUGAUCUCCUCCGAGGGAACAAGAAGUUCAUCUGGGACGACAAAUGCGAGGAUGCAUUCGUUCAACUCAAGCAGUACUUGAUGACUCCUCCCGUCUUGGCCAAACCGGACGUAGGAGACGUCCUCUCUCUCUAUAUCGCUGUCUCCUCAGCGGCUGUCAGUAGCGUCCUAAUCAAAGAGGACCGUGGCGAGCAACGUCCGAUAUUUUACACGAGCAGACGGAUGACCGGUCCGGAGACCAGAUACCCAACCCUCGAUAAACUGGCUCUGGCCGUCGUUGAUUCUGCAAGGAAAUUACGACCCUACUUCCAAUCACACUCUAUUGAAGUGUUGACCGACCAACCGCUCCGCACUGUCCUGCAAAAUCCCAACAGAGCCGGCCGGUUGACUAAGUGGGCAAUCGAGCUAAGCGAGCUUGAUAUUACGUACAAAUGCCGAACAGCCGCCAAAUCUCAGGUCCUCGCCGACUUCCUUGUCGAGCUCACACCAGAUCUUGCACAAGACCUCGACGUCCCAAGCCCCAAUUGGAUUCUUCAUGUCGAUGGAUCAUCAACAAGCAAAGGAUCCGGUGCGGGAGUCCAGCUUCAAUCGCCGACGGGAGAACUCAUUCGCCAGUCUUUCAGUUUCGGCUUUCCGGCCUCUAACAACGAAGCAGAGUACGAGUCGUUGAUCGCCGGUCUCCGUCUCGCCCAAGCCGUCAAAUCCAAACGCUUGAGUGCUUAUUGCGACUCACAGCUCGUCGCUAGCCAGUUCAGCGGCGACUAUGAUGCUCGCAAUGAUAGAAUGGAUGCGUAUCUCCGGGUGGUUCAGGGGCUUGCUAGGGAAUUCGAUUUCUUCGAACUCACCAAGGUUCCCCGAGGAGAGAACGUUUGCGCCGACGCCUUAGCCGCACUCGGGAGCAAACUCCACGACCAGGUCAGGAGGACGAUACCCAUACACCGAAUUGAUCGACCGAGCAUCGAUCCUGCUUCCGACGAAAGCCUUCCCAUCGCUCCAAUCUUUGCGACAACGAGACAAUCCACCACCGAUCAAGCUGACACUGAGAUGCCCGAUCAUGACGACACCCCAGUCGAUUGGCGAGCCAAGUUCCUAGAUUAUCUCAUACGUGAAGAACUGCCAAAAGAUAAGUGGGCAGCGAGACGCCUGAAGAGACGCAGCGCCCACUACGUCAUCAUGAACGACGAACUUCACCGAGUAACCGCGAACAAGGUCCUCUUAAAGUGCAUCCAGGGCGAUGAAGUGCGACGAGUAAUGGCUGAAACUCACGACGGAGCAGGAGGAAACCACUCGGGAGGCCGAGCUCUUGCCCUUAAAGUUCGAAGCCUGGGAUUCUUUUGGCCAUCUAUGAAUACCGACUGCGAAGCAUACGCCCGUCGGUGUGACAAAUGCCAGCGUCACGCUCCGAGCAUCCACAGUCCCACCGAGCUGUUGCGGACAUCUGCCGCCCCUUAUCCGUUCAUGCGGUGGGGAUGGACAUCAUCGGGCCAAUGCCGAACUCACGCCAACGUAACAGACAAGGAAGUCCGCACCUUCGUCUGGAAGAACAUCAUCUGCCGCCAUGGUUUACCAUACGAGAUCAUAACGGACAAUGGCUCUCAGUUCAUGUCCGGAAACUUCAAAGAGUUCUGCAACAAGUGGAAUAUCCGCCUAAGCCCUUCAACUCCCCGAUACCCGCAAGGAAACGGACAGGCGGAAUCCUCCAACAAGAUUAUCAUCGAUGGAAUCAAGAAGCGACUCGACCUAAAGAAAGGCCAUUGGGCCGACGAACUGGACGGUGUCCUCUGGUCGCACCGAACGACUCCUCGUGGUGCGACCAAAUCCACCCCUUUUCUCUUGCUUACGGGAUGGAAGCAAUGGCCCCCGCGAAGUUAA